GUUGGUUUCAGAUGUAACAACUAAUUAACCGAAAGUGGUUGAUGGGGGAUGGAAGACGAGCUAGGAGAUGACAGAAUAAAAAAUGAACAGUGACAAUAAUGGCAUUGUGACGAUAGUGAGAAAGAUGUACGCAUCCGAUCCAUGGCAGAAUUCAGGACGACCAUGCAUGACAGUAACAGGAUCAGUACUCAUCAGCAUGCAUCCAUGGAUCGGCGGCGUUGUGCUCGUGCUGUUUGUUGCCUGCCUCGCAUGGCAUGUCCUCUCCUCCCUGCCUCCAUAUCUCCCACCUCGGCCCUCUCUCCACGCGUUUCACUUCAUCCCUGACGCCGACGACUUCCUCCCCGGCCCGGCUGCCUGUCACUGUCUCUCCCCCCUUCGUUCACGAAGCAGCAGGUACGGUACGGUACGCAGCUGCAGGAUGUACAGGGCUAAGAGAGCUGCUUCGCUCAGAGCGAAGCGCCGGCGCCUUGGCAAGUACGAGCUCGGACGCACCAUCGGCGAAGGGACAUUUGCCAAGGUCCGGGUCGCCAAGAACAUGGACACUGGGGAUCAUGUCGCCAUCAAGAUCCUCGACAAGGCCAAGGUUCACAAGAACAAACUAGCCGAGCAGAUUAGGAGGGAAAUCUGUACGAUGAAGCUAAUACAGCAUCCCAAUGUUGUUCGCCUGUACGAGGUGAUGGGAAGUAAAGCAAGGAUUUACAUUGUGCUGGAAUUCGUUAUGGGUGGAGAGCUCCACGAUAUCAUUGCCACAAGUGGGAGACUGAAGGAGGACGAGGCACGCAGAUACUUUCAGCAGCUGAUAAAUGCUGUAGACUACUGCCACAGUAGGGGCGUGUACCACAGAGACUUGAAGCUAGAGAACCUGUUGCUCGAUGUUGCUGGAAACCUCAAGAUUUCAGAUUUCGGGUUAAGCGCUUUGUCGGACCAAGUGAAGAAUGAUGGAUUGCUGCAUACUACAUGUGGAACACCUAACUAUGUUGCUCCAGAGGUCAUUGAUGACAAAGGCUACGAUGGUGCCCUUGCUGAUCUUUGGUCUUGUGGUGUGAUCCUUUUCGUGAUGCUCGCAGGAUGUCUGCCUUUCGAGGAUGACAACAUGGCUUCCCUUUACAAAAAGAUCUCAGGAGCUCAGUUCACUUGUCCAUCUUGGUUUUCUGCUGGAGCAAAGAGGCUGAUCAACAGAAUUCUGGAUCCUAAUCCCUCCACUCGGAUUACGAUUCCUCAAGUACUAAAAGAUCCAUGGUUUAGAAAAGGCUACAAGCCGCCUGUUUUCGAUGAAAAAUGCCAAACUAGUCUAGAUGAUGUCGACGCUGCCUUUGGAGACGAAGAGGAACAUCAUGUGGUAGAGGAAACGGAAGGGCAGCCCGCAUCGAUGAAUGCAUUCGAAUUGAUUUCAAUGAACAAGGGGCUGAAUCUAGAUAACUUUUUUGAAUCUGAUAAGAAGUACAGGCGAGAAACGCGAUUCACAUCCCAAUGUCAUCCGAAAGAGAUCAUCAAUAGAAUAGAAGAAGCUGCUAAGCCACUUGGGUUCUAUAUCCAAAAGAAAAACUACAAGAUGCUAAUGGAGAACUCAAAAGCAGGAAGGAAAGGAAACCUAAAUGUUGAGACUGAGGUUUUCCAAGUGGCUCCAUCGCUCCAUGUGGUUGAGCUGAAGAAGGCAAAGGGAGAUACUCUGGAAUUCCAAAACUUCUACAAAACUCUGUCCACGGAGCUGAAGGACGUCGUUUGGGCGCGUGAUGAUGAGGUCCAGGACAGAAGCUCCUCGCCAUGAAACAGUUGCGAGAUGAGGAAUACAUUGUCAGUUUCGCUGUACAUAUAGCUCUUGUUCGUUCCAAAGGACAAGUUUUGUGCCCAGUGUACAUAUUAUAGGCUUCGCUAGACAAAGACCUGCUAAUGAUGGUCUGGGGUGAAUGAAGAGGUAGAUGGAAACAGAACAGAAGGCUGGUUGUUUGUAGUGAAACACUGAAUAUGGUGUUGAGCUAUUCAUAUUCAUUGGUUCAAUUUUCUCCAUAGCAUUCUAGAAUAGAGUAUUUGUUGGUUGGUGAAACUUCGCUCGCAAAAAAAAAAAGUUGUUUGGAUCCAUUUA